UCAAAUUGGCAAAGUGAAGUGAGUUGAAGGUGCGAAAGUGAAUACGGUUGUUGAAGCUUUGACGUCCAUAGCUAUGUAUCGGUCUGUUCGUGGUGUGUAUCGUAUUCUCCCUUGUUCUCCCGAACUCAAAUGGAGAAUAUCAGCCGCCUAUUUCUCCUCUCACGUCGACGUCAAUCAGCCAUUGCUGGUGCGUGAUUUCAUACACGCGGCGCUUUACGACCCUGAGCAUGGUUACUUCUCCAAAAGAUCAGCUUCAGUUGGAGUUUUGGAUUCUAGUAUCAACUUCAAUCAACUUCAAGGCAGAAAAGCUUAUUUGCAACAUCUUAAUAAGGUUUACAAACAAAGUGAAGUUUCAUGGUUCACUCCUGUCGAGCUCUUUAAGCCUUGGUAUGCCCAUGGAAUUGCCGAAGCCAUUUUGCGAACCGCUAAUCUUUCAGUUCCGUUAAAAAUCUAUGAAAUAGGCGGCGGAUCAGGAACUUGUGCAAAGGGUAUAAUGGAUUAUCUGAUGUUGAAUGCACCUUCACGAGUUUACAACAACAUGACCUACAUAUCUGUGGAGAUUAGUCCUUCUCUAGCUGAAAAACAAAAGGAAACUGUUGGCCAAGUUCAGAGUCACAAAUCAAGAUUUACAGUUGAAUGUCGUGAUGCUGCAGAUCGAAAUGGAUGGGGUAAUGUACAAGAGGAGCCAUGCUGGGUCAUAAUGCUAGAGGUGCUUGAUAAUCUUCCUCACGAUCUUAUCUAUGCUAAAAAUCAAGCUUCUCCUUGGGAAGAAGUAUGGGUUGAGAAGCAGCUUGACAGGGCAACUCCUUCUGAGUCAUACAGACCUUUAAAAGAUCGAUUAAUUACACUUUGCAUUGAGAUAUUCUCCGAAGAUAUUAAUGGCCCAAUAAAUGGUGUAGCAUCAGCUGCAAGAAACAUUUUUUCUAAACUUUUCCCUAAGCCUCAACGUUGUUGGCUACCAACCAGCUGUCUGAAACUCAUGGAGGCAUUACAUAGUGCCCUGCCAAAGAUGUCGUUGAUUGCAUCAGAUUUUAGUUACCUACCUGAUGUGAGGAUACCUGGUGUAAGGGCUCCGUUGGUCUCAGCAAAGAUUGAUGGCUGUAGCAUAGAUUAUGAUAGCUACCUGGAUGCAAAGGGUGAUGCUGAUAUCUUUUUCCCAACAGACUUCUGGCUUUUGGAACGCUUUGAUCAUUAUUGCUCUGGUUGGCUGGAAACAAGCCAAAAAAAUCCAUUGAAGGAAAAGAAGAGGAGGCGGACGAUUACACUUGAUACAUCUGCUUUCAUGGAACAAUUCGGGCUGCCGUCAAAAACAAGAACCAAAGAUGGUUACAAUCCGCUGUUAGAUGACUUCAAGAAUACCAAGUUCUAUCUCAGUGUGCCAACUUAUAAUAUCAAAUAGGUGAUGGAGAACUUCCCUUGGCUAGAAAUUCAGAGACCCUAGACAAAACACUUGCCUUGUAAGCUGCCCCAGGUUUUCACUUGUAAUUUUCCAUACCUAGCAGUAGGUAAAAGAUUAGAAAAACCUGAUAAUAAAUAUAGAAGUAUAAGUUAACCAAAAUGGCAUAGUGAUUCAAGCGACAUCCCUUUUAAUUAUUGAACAUUUUUAUUGUUUAGCCAAUGUAAAGAUGGUGGGCAUUGGCUCAAGUCCAAAAAAAAAAAUAAAAAAAAAUAAUGAGACAUAAAAUCACAUGGUAAUGGAUAUAAUCCAA